AUGUACAUAAGGGCUAUUAAUGGGCGUUAUGGAGGUGCUUGCCAUGAUUCACAUGUUUGGAAUUUAUCAGAGGAGAGGGAAUAUUUAAAAGAAAUGUUCCAAACUGGUGAUACUGGAACAAGAAUAUUAGGUGACUCUGGAUAUCCAUUGGAACCAUGGAUUUUGACUCCAUACAGAAAUGCUGCUGAAAAUUCAGCGGAAUCCUAUCUUAAUGACCAACAUUCGAAAGGAAGGUCGAUUAUUGAAAGAACGUUUGGAUUAUUAAAAGCAAGAUUUCGUUGCCUACUAGCAGCAAGAGAACUACAUUAUUCCCCAGAAAAGGCGGUCCAAAUUCUUAAUGUCUGUUGUGCACUACAUAACAUUUGUUUACUGUACAAAGUUGAAACCCCUAUUUUGCAAAAUGAGGAUAUAAGUAGUAUAACUUUAAACAUUAACAACAAUAUCGAAAGUAAUAUAGAAAGUUUAUAA